AAGAGGAGGAGGAGGAGGAGCGGGAGCAAUCCCAACUUCCGGGUAGUGCAGCCGCACGCCGCGCCACCGGGCAUCUUGCUUUCUGCUCCCCCUCCCCCGUGUCCCCCCUCGGCUCUCCCUCCUUGCCUUUUUAUCCCCAGCCCCACCCGCCAAAAUGAACAGCUCGGACGAGGAGAAGCAGCUGCAGCUCAUCACCACCUUGAAGGAGCAAGCAAUAGGCGAAUAUGAAGACCUUCGAGCGGAGAACCAGAAAACAAAGGAGAAGUGUGACAAAAUUAGGCAAGAACGAGAUGAAGCUGUUAAAAAACUGGAAGAGUUUCAGAAAAUUUCUCACAUGGUUAUCGAGGAAGUGAAUUUCAUGCAGAACCACCUUGAGAUAGAGAAGACGUGUCGAGAGAGUGCUGAGGCCUUGGCGACAAAGCUGAAUAAAGAAAAUAAAACGCUGAAAAGAAUCAGCAUGUUAUACAUGGCCAAGCUGGGACCAGAUGUGAUAACGGAGGAGAUAAACAUCGAUGACGAUGAUCCAGCCGCAGACACAGAUGGGGCGUCAGAGACCUGUGUGUCCGUUCAGUGUCAGAAGCAGGUCAAAGAACUUCGAGAUCAAAUUGUAUCUGUUCAGGAAGAGAAGAAGGUGUUAGCUAUUGAGCUGGAAGACCUCAAGAGCAAGCUCGCGGAGGUGACGGAGGAGGUAAAUAAAGUUAAGCAAGAAAAAGCUGUCUUGAAUUCAGAAGUUCUUGAGCAGAGGAAAGUCUUAGAAAAAUGCAACAGAGUGUCCAUGUUGGCUGUCGAGGAGUACGAGGAGCUGCAGGUGAGCCUGGAGCUGGAAAAGGACCUUCGCAAGAGAGCAGAGUCCUUCGCACAAGAGAUGUUCAUUGAACAAAACAAGCUGAAGAGACAAAGCCACCUUCUGCUGCAGAGCUCCCUCCCCGACCAGCAGCUUUUGAAAGCUUUAGAUGAAAACUCAAAACUCAUCCAGCAGCUCGAAGAAGAAAGGAUCCAGCACCAGCAAAAGGUCAAAGAGUUAGAGGAACGGCUGGAGAGCGAGGCGCUCCACAAAGAGAUCCACAGCCUCAGACAGCAGCUGGAGCUUCUGGAGGAGGACAAGAGAGAGCUGGAGCAGAAAUACCAGGGCGCAGAGGAGAAAGCCCGGAACCUGAAACACUCAGUGGACGAACUCCAGAAGCGAGUGAACCAGUCCGAGAACUCGGUGCCUCCCCCGCCGCCUCCUCCCCCACCUCUCCCGCCUCCACCUCCCAAUCCGAUCCGAUCCCUCAUGUCCAUGAUCCGGAAACGGUCCCACCCCAGUGGCGGUAGUGCUAAGAAGGAAAAGGCGACUCAGCCGGAAACAGCUGAGGAAGUCACAGACCUGAAGAGACAGGCUGUGGAAGAGAUGAUGGACAGAAUUAAAAAGGGAGUUCAUCUUAGACCAGUUAACCAGACAGCCAGACCCAAGGCAAAGCCAGACUCUUUAAAGGGCUCAGAGAGCGCCGUAGACGAGCUGAAGGGAAUACUGGGGACACUUAACAAAUCCACUAGUUCAAGAAGCUUAAAAUCCCUUGUCCCUGAGAACAGUGAAACUGAGUUAGAAAGGAUUUUACGUCGCAGAAAGGUGACGGCAGAAGCAGACAGCAGUAGUCCUACCGGGAUAUUAGCCACCUCAGAGUCCAAAUCCAUGCCAGUGUUGGGUUCUGUAUCCAGUGUAACAAAAACAGCCUUGAACAAGAAAACUCUGGAGGCAGAAUUCAACAGCUCGUGUCCCUUAACACCUGAGCCAGGUGAAGGGCCCCGUAAAUUGGAAGGAUGCACGAAUUCCAAGGUUACAUUUCAGCCUCCCAGUAAAGAUGGACACAGGAGGAAAUGUGUGGGCAGUGAGAAGCAGUCUGAGCCUGUUGUAGUUUUAGAUCCUGUUUCCACCCAUGAAUCCCAAACCAAAGACCGGGCUGCUGAAAAAGACCCAACCCAGUGCAAGGAGGACAAAGGUGAAACACAACCAGGAUGCAAAGAAGACAGUGGCGCAAAAUCAGGGGAGACGGAUAGCUCCAACUGCUGACCUGAAGCCAGAGGCUGGCGCAUUCGCAAGUCUUCUGCAUAAACACAUGGUUCAGUCGUGUGUGUCGCCGAGAACUGUGGGACGUCCCUUUGUUCUGGCCACACACACUUUGCUGGUAUCACUUUGUAAGUAGCCACUGUCAACAUAAGUAAGCUGUUUAGCAAAAUGCAUCUUCCGGGUAGUUUUUGGUCUUUAUAGGGGUAAGGGGUCUUUCUGGUUUCUAUA